GAGAGAGCGAGUGACUGUGUGAGCGAAAGAAAGAGAGAGAGAGAGAAACCGGCGGGGCUGGUCUGUGUCUCUCCGUUAUCGUUUUAUUAUCGUCGUAUUUUAUUUUUAUUCUUGCAUGUAUCCAGCGGGGUAACUGCAACAAAAAAAGGAUUACGUGAAAAUUACAACGGGUGUGUGAAGCGGGUGGCUACUGUCUGUGGGUCAAGAUGAAUCCUUUGGAGUCGGUUGAUCGGGUCGAGCUCUGCGAGAGUCUGUUGACGUGGAUACAAACCUUUGGUGUUGAAGCACCAUGUAAAACAGUGGAAGAUUUAACAAGUGGAGUUGUGAUGGCUCAAGUUCUUCAAAAAAUCGAUCCUUCCUACUUUGAUGAUAACUGGAUAAAUAGGAUCAAAACAGAGGUUGGCGAUAAUUGGAGAUUAAAGAUCAGUAAUUUAAAGAAGAUUUUGAAGGGAAUCUUAGACUAUAAUCAUGAGAUUCUAGGUCAACAGAUCAAUGAUUUCACUCUGCCUGAUGUUAAUCUUAUCGGCGAGCAUUCGGAUGCUUCUGAGCUCGGAAGAAUGUUGCAGUUGAUACUUGGCUGUGCGGUGAACUGUGAACAGAAACAAGAAUAUAUCAAGACAAUAAUGAUGAUGGAAGAGUCUGUUCAGCAUGUAGUGAUGACAGCAAUUCAAGAGCUAAUGAGCAAAGAAACUCCUGUGGGCUGUGGAAAUGAUUCCUACAUUGAUCUUGACAGACAGUUAAAGAAAACCACUGAAGAACUAAACGAAGCUUUGGCAGCAAAAGAUGAAAUUGCACAAAGAUGUCAUGAAUUAGAUAUGCAGGCAUACCUUGUUCAAGAGGAGCGAGAUAGACUGAGGUUAGAAUGUAAUGAACUAGACGAAAGGGUUGCGGCAUUACAGGAAGAAAAGGGGAGCUUGUUAGCGGAAAAUCAAAUCCUUAUGGAGCGUCUCAAUCAGUCGGAUUCAAUCGAAGAUCCCAACAGUCCUGCGGGGAGGAGACACCUACAGUUACAGACCCAAUUAGAGCAGCUUCAGGAAGAAACGUUUAGGUUAGAAGCUGCAAAAGAUGAUUACAGGAUACGUUGUGAAGAACUGGAGAAGGAAAUUGUUGAGCUACGAGGUCAAAAUGAAGAGCUGACAUCUCUAGCAGAUGAAGCACAGUCUCUAAAGGAUGAGAUGGAUGUCCUCAGGCAUUCUUCUGAUAAGGUGGCAAAACUGGAGGGCAUGGUUGAGUCCUAUAAGAAGAAGCUGGAGGAUUUAGGUGACCUGAGAAGGCAGGUUAAACUAUUGGAAGAAAAAAAUACUUUAUAUAUGCAGAACACAGUCAGCCUCGAGGAGGAGUUGAGGAAAGCAAAUGCAACUCGUGGUCAGCUGGAGACGUACAAGAGACAGGUUGUGGAGCUUCAGAACAGACUCUCUGAGGAGUCGAAGAAAUCGGACAAGAUGGAGUUUGAGUAUAAACGAUUAAAAGAAAAAGUAGACUCUCUACAAAAAGAAAAAGAUAGAUUGCGAACAGAGAGAGAAUCAUUAAAGGAAACGAUUGAAGAAUUACGUUGUGUCCAAGCUCAAGAAGGCCAGCUCACUGCAGGUCUUGUCCCAUUAGGAAGUCCAGAAACCUCUGACUCAUUAGCAGCAGAAAUAGUAACUCCGGAAUUCAGGGAGCGACUAAUUCGUCUGCAGCAUGAAAACAAGAUGCUGAAGCUAAAUCAGGAAGGCUCCGAUAAUGAAAAGAUUGCACUAUUACAAAGUCUAUUGGAGGAUGCCAACAGCAGAAAAAAUGAAUUAGAAACCGAGAACAGAAUAGUCAAUCAGAGGCUACUGGAAGUUCAGUCCCAGGUAGACGAAUUGCAAAAAUCUUUGCAAGAACAAGGGUCAAAGGCUGAAGAUUCUGUCAUCCUGAAAAAGAAAUAUGAAGAACACUUGGAGAAAAUGCGAGAGAUGACCAAUGAGCUACAGAAGAAAAGGUCUUGUAUUGAAGAUUUGGAGACCAAAUAUAACAACAGCUGUCAAAAAUUAGAAGAGCUGGAGGAUGCCUUGGGAAAAAAAGAUGAAGAAAUGAAGCUAAUGGAGGAGAGGUACAAGAAGUAUUUGGAGAAAGCUAAAAGUGUGAUCAGAACUUUAGAUCCCAAACAAAACCAGGGCUCAGCACCAGAAGUUCAGGCUUUGAAAAACCAGUUGCAAGAAAGAGAAAGAAUGAUUCAUUGUUUAGAGAAGGAGUAUGAGAAAACAAAAACUCAAAGAGAACAAGAAGAAAAGCUUAUUGUUUCAGCGUGGUACAAUAUGGGCAUGACCCUACAGAAGAAAGCAGCAGAAGACAGACUUGCAAGCACCGGGUCGGGUCAGUCAUUUUUGGCUCGGCAAAGGCAAGCAAAUAGCACAAGACGGCCGUACCCUGGACAUGUUCAGCCUGCUACAGCGAGGUAGAGUGGGCAGAGACUACCCCGAAGAGACAGCGGCCAUGCGGUCCUGUGACUGCACACUGUAUGCAUUCAAAAUAAGUUCUCCUGUUGCUUUGGCUGUUUUUAAAUUUUAAGUUCAAGUUUUAUUAGGGCACCAUUUUCUGGGUUUUAAACAGAGAUGCCAACCAGCUGUUUACGAAGAUUAUCUAUUUUUUUAGUUUUCACACAUAAUUCUAUUCUUCUAUAAGUGAAGUCCCACACAGAUAACCAGCUUUGUAUUCAGUAAGCAGUAAUCAUGGAUGUCUUUGUGCAAUAGAAGACGAUUUGUUAGUUGCCUAUCCUGUCUCUUUACAAAAGUAAAAGCCUUUCUGAGUUGGUAUCCUAACGGGUCUCUCUUUUUAUUAGUUUGUGUCAUCUGGAAUGAGACUCGCACAUCCACCAACUGCACAUUUUGAGAUUUGCGUUAGUUGGAUUUUGAAUUCAAGCAUGUAACAUUUAGACAUUAGAUUUCCUGCUGACGUUUUAAACGAGGAAUGACUGUCCGACAUGUCCUUGAUUGUGACUUGGUAGUAAAUGCAACCUACCUCAGAAACAUUUUUCCGUUUCUAAUAUUUGUUGCCAUCUUUAAAAUAUUAAACCAGAUUUUGUCCAUCAAUGUAUGCCUGUUUUGGUUUCUUCUUCUUGACGAUUGUUUUUGAGAGUGGCAGUCAUUUCUCCACCAAUGAAACCUUUCAAUUUUUUUGCAGCUCUUUGGUCAAUAUGCCUUUUUAAAUAGUAUAAUAAAGACUUUCCUGAUUGUUUUAUCUCAAUCUACAUUUUGCUUUACAAAAUAAUUGCCGAUGACCAAAUGGCAGAAGCAAGUAUGAAAUUACCAUGUAAGCACCAUACGCCAUUAUAACGUGUAAGAACAGGGAGGACUUGUCUGUAGGCAUCAAGGCAUCUACAGUUGUGAACUGUUAUGGGAGCCCCGUUAGCAGUUGGUUUUUAGUGUUAUUGGCUACUCUGAAAAAGAAGUGUAUAACAUUUAUUCAGGUGAUUUAUUACAUACACACUAGUCUUUGAGUGAAAUUGUCCACUUUCUGUUCUAUUCUAGUGGCAUAUUGUAGGUCCUUUGUGACCUGUUUCUGUUGUGUUACCUAAUGACAGACAGACAAAUGACACUCUCAAUAACAUUGGUGCCCGGCCACUUCUUACUCAUCUCUAGCAUUUUACACACUUGCACUAUUUUGCACUUGAAAUCACUGACACUAUUUCAGUUUUCUAGGGGAGUUCUAAGCGUUUGGAGUGAGACGUACAAUCUAAGGGAACCAUUGAAGUGCCUUGUAAAUUCACUCUCUUAUUUUCUUUCUCUUUAUUUUAGUCACUUUAGUCCACAAAUAGUCUUUUUUUUAUGUGAAGUA